AUGGCGCCCCUGCACGAACAGUACGAGCUGCGCGUCACCGCGGGCUCCACGUACGACCGGUCCAAGCACCAGGACGUGCCCGUCAACACGGAAAAGCCGGUGCACAUAUCGUCAGACCUGAUCGAUGCACAGGUGCACGUGCGCAUCAGGGACUACCGCGGCCUCCCCAAAGGAUCGCCGACGACGUCACCCUACUUCUCCACGCCGCAGCACCCGUACGACCGCUACUCCAUCUCCUUCUCGUUUGUGCCCAAGCACGACAUCCCGGGCGACAAGCUCGUGUUCGGCAACGACUUUGAGCACCCGAUCCGCGACCGCCUGCCGCCGCUCUUCGACAAGGCGUUUGGCAUCGUCAAGUGGUGGAUCGACCCGGGCCUGGACGGCGACGUCUACGGCGACGAGCCCUACCUGUACGGCCCGCUGCUGUCGAGCAUCAACGUGCUGCGCAUCGGCGACAAGCAGCCGGCCGCCGACGCCGGGAGCGAGAGCCUGGCCGAGGGCGACGAGGGCGACGAGGGCGAGGCCGUCGUGUACACCGAGGGCGCCGACGGGACGGGCGAGGCGGUGCGCAAGGAGCAGCACAUGCCCGCGGGUUCGUCGCAGCGCCAGAAGCACUUUCUGACCGAGGCGAACCGCAAGCGCUUCACGUUUGAGGCCGGGCGCGAGUACAAGUGCGACUUCUACAAUCCGUAUCUCGACUUUAACGAGUUUGCGCUGAAGAUUGGCUACGGGCUGCCGAACAUUAGUAUUAUUGGGCACUGGGACGGGCAGCCAUUGAGGUGUGUUUUUCUCUCUCUUAUUUCUAUUCCAGGAAGCUCUUAUUCCCAUUCCAGGAAGGGAAUUGAUUCUUCCUUCACUCUUGUUGCCAUUCCAGGAAGGGAAUUGAUUCUUCCUUCAUCUCUUGUUGCCAUUCCAGGAAGAGAAUUGUUUUUUUUCUCUCUCUCAUCCCUAUUUUAGGUCUCUCAUUUCAAUCCAAGAAAGAGAGACAAGAUUUUUUGUAUAAAAAACGAAGAAGAUUUCCUAGGGAGGCAGGCUGACCGACGUACAACUAACCAGACCGCACUCGCUCAGAUACACGCUCAAGAACCGCGAGACCAACACGGAGCUCUUUGUCGUCGUCAUCCAGCUCAUGCCUACGGAGCAGGGUGCCAAGGAGGCGGAGAAGGAGGAGGCGGAGAAGGAGGAGGAGGAGGAGGAGGAGGAGGAGGAAGGUGGCAAGAAGGAGGAUGAUGAUCUGGAUUGA